AUGGGUCGUGCAAGAACAACAUUGAAACGCAUCUCAAAGGAGGGACUUCGAAAAUCAACUUUCAAGCAAAGAAAGAAGGGACUAAUGAAGAAAAUCUCUGAAUUUUGCACCAUGUGUGGAGCUGAAGCUUGCUUCAUUGUGUAUGAUGAUAACAAUGGUAAUGUUGAACCAAUGACAUGGCCUGAAGACCCAACAGUGGUACAUUCCAUGAUUGAAAAGUAUGAGAGUCAAAAGAAUGAGAAACCCCCCAAGACAUUCAACAUUGAAGACUUUUUUGAGAAUAGAAAGAACAUGCUUGAAGCUGAAAUUUCCAGGGUGAAGAAAGAGAUCACUAAGACCAAGUAUCCAACUAAGGAUCAAAGUUUUAGUAACCUUGGAGAGGAGCAAUUAAAGGCCUUCAUUGAUAUAUUGGAUGCUAAGAUUGGAGCAUGUGAUCGUAGAAUUAGCUUGUUGAAAAAUAUGCAUGAAAGUGAAGUCAUGCAAAAUAUGGCUCAAAAGGGUGCUACCUCCUCCCACCCAAGUCAACUCAAUUUAGUGCAAAACAUCAAUCAAAGCCAACUUAUCCCUACCCCUAUGAGGCAACUUAAUGAUACUAAUGGGAUGACAAAUUUUACCAAUUCAACAAUCCAAGUUCAUGGAGCUUGCUUUCAUAGAACUAACAUGUUGGCAAAUUUGCAACAAAGUGAUGCUUGUUUUAGUUUCAUGCCAAACAUGGCUCAAGAAAGUGUUCCCUCCUCACUUGGAAGCCAACUCAAUUGCAUGCAGAACAUCUCUACAAGCCAACACAACCUUGAAACUUUGAAGCCUUUAGAUUCAACUAAUAAACUCGGUGAAUCUAGUACGGACUUUGCUAAUCAAUUGGGUGAAUUUCAGCAUUGUGUUGAUGAACCUAUUGAGAUUGAUGAUUGGUUCAAUCAACUAGGUGGUGGUGAUCUUGAAUCUGUUUUGCAGAAUAUUCAUUUUCAAUCACAAAAUUAG